UUUCCUACUUAUGUUGAUGAGUUUUGCGCUCAACGUUUGAGUCCCAGAAUACAGUGUAGUUUUUAAGAAGUUUCGCGGUGAUGAAUUUUAGAGGAGCUCCAUUAAAAGGGUGGCCGAAUAUGAGGCCGACAAAGCUUAAUAAAGAAACUGAUAUGACGCAUGAAUACGGGAGAAGAAGAUCCAGCUGCCUUGCCUGUGUUGAAAAGGCCCGGAGUGAUAGAGCCCGGAGAUCGAGUCGAGCAUCUAAAGCAGCAUCAAGACAAAGUUCCCAGCAGUCGGACACUCUCUCUGCUUCGUUUGCGGAGGUUAAACGAAUACAGAAUCUCGCUGCAAAAAAGAGAAAUGAAGCUGUAGAGUUGCGCGUACUAGAGUCCGGCGACGAGCUACCUUCACCCUCUCGUCACUACACUCUUGCUGAAUUAGCGAAUCACGUGAGUCAGACAAGUGAUGACCCACAGGGAGUGAACGGUGGCAACAAGAGCAGAGAGAAGUCUCUUAUCUCUCUGGCUGGCUCCGAUCACAAUGAUCCGAUUAUAGUGGCUGAAGACCUCUGCAGGAUCAACGUAUGUGGAGAGUUAUUCAUAACAACUUUUAAAAGUUUGGAGGAGUUCCCUAAAACUCUGCUCGGAUCAUCAGAACGGGAGAGAUACUUCUGUCCGGAGUUAAACGCUUACUUCUUCAACAGAAACAGAGCUUGUUUUGAGAGUAUUCUUCUCUAUUAUCAGACCGGAGACGAGUAUCCUCCUCUUACUGCUGAUUUGGACCUGUGGGAGGAGGAGAAAGCCUUCUUCAGGAUCUCGUUCACGAAAGACUACGCUAUCUCUAUAGAAGAUUCAGAAAUUGACGAUAUCACGUGCGUAGCACUCUGUCAAAACAAUUCCAUCUCAGCAAAACGGAAAGCCGUGCACGACUUCCUUCUGAAUCCCAGAUCCUCGAAGAUAGCCACAGUCUGGCAUUCGGUGGACAUCAUGUUCAUCUGUGUUUCAAUAGCCUUUCUAAUCAUGGAAACAGAUCCCGGACUCAAGAUUCAUUUCACCGACAAGAGUGAUCCUUACUACAAUACUAUCUACGGGAUAAACGCUUUCGUUAUCGCAUUUUUCACAAUUGAUCUUGUCGCUAGGUUUUUUACGUGGCCCACCUUUUGUUCCUUCUGGAAGAAUAUUUUCAACAUUCUCGAUAUUUUAUCCAUUUUGCCGUUUUAUGUGGGGAUCAUAGCUGAUAUGUCGGCUGAAGGCCAAUCUAUGGAGAUGACUGAGGUCGAAAGCAAACGGUACGUUGUCCUUCGAGUGUGCAGAAUUUUCAGAAUCAUCAGAAUAUUUAAAUUCGUCCGGCACUCACAGGACCUUAUUCUGAUUGUAAGGGUAGUGGUUCACGCAAAGAAAGAACUGGGACUUCUAGUCGUCCUUCUGGGCAUCUUCACUGUAACAUUUGGCAGCAUCAUGUAUUAUGUCGAGCACGAAGUAAACGAUCAGUUUAACUCCAUCAUGCAGGGUUGCUGGUGGAGUAUCGUUACCAUAACGACCGUUGGUUACGGUGAAGUGGUACCCUCAACACCGGGAGGGAAGUUUGUGGGCAGUGUGGUGUUGACCCUGGGAAUCGUUUUCCUGGCUCUUCCCAUGACAAUUAUCGUGUCCAAAUUUAGUUCAGUUUAUGAGAAAGAAAAGGGGGACUCUAAAGAUUGAAAACAUUUCAGAUUUGAUCGUUUGGGAGAUUAGGUAUAACACUUUGUCGGGCAAAAGAUAAGCUUGAACUAGGAAGUGUCAGGUUUAGACGUGUGAUAUAGGAUACUACAUAGGUUUAACCCGUACAAUCACUUGUACUUUUGUACCCCUCCUUUUUGCCAUGUGGGAAUUUCUCCAGUUCAAACUGCUCAUAAUUCACAAUGUUUCGUGUAACUGUAGUAUUGAUAAUGAUAAGGGUCGAUUUUUAUUCGCAAACUAUAUCAGAAUCGCAUUAGUUCGAACAAGCAAUUCUACCUAAUGCAGUGCACUAUUAUUGUGCUAUCAUUUUAAAUUUUGUAUGUAGACGCGGCGGUAUUGAUAAAAAGAAGAAAUCUGACAGUUUGUUUGCGAUAUUUUUUAUAAUAUGAUAAUACUUUUGAGCUACAAGUUUAAAAUUACUACGUUGUUCUUGUAAAUCUUAUAUCCCAAUUAUUUCUCAUAGCGGUAUAACAGAUAAACGUAAGAA